AUGAUGGGAGAAGGUAAUGACGCGCUAAAGCAUAUCAACAAGCUCAAGACCCUGGCGGAGCUACUCGACGCGGUUGGUAUUCCGGUCAGCGAAGACGACUUGGUCAUCACAGUUUUGGCCAGUCUCAGCGAGUCCUAUCAGUUUCUGAUAACGGCGCUGGAGUCAAGAUCCGACACGCUGACAUGGGAAUUAGUGACGUCUCGGCUGAUGCAUGAAGACCUGAAGCGCAAGGAGCAAGGUGGCGGAGUCGAGGGGUCCGCGCAUGUUCAAGCCCAAGCGUUUAUGUCAAGAGACAACAAGAAAAACGGACGACCGGUGAAGAAGACUGUGCCCCUCGCGGAUCCAAGAAGACGCGGGACGACAUCUAUUUUAGCGUGCAAACGUGCGCAAGAUGAAGAUCUUGGUGAAUAUCUGUUUUCGGUUGGUGGUGAAGUCGCCAAGUCGAGUAAUGUAUGGCUGAUCGACUCGGGUGCGACGCAGCACAUGACGUGUUCCAAGAAGUUCAUGAAGAACUACAAGGUCUUCAAUCCGGCCGAUGUGCACUUGGCAGACGAUGGUGUCGUUCAAGCGAUCGGAAAAGGCGACAUCGUGAUGUCAAUGAAGACGCCACGCGGUACCAAGAAAGGUGUGCUCACGGACGUGUGUAUCCCGAUGUUAUCGCGUAAUCUGUUCUCCGUGGGUAGAUUCACCAAGGACGUCGGGCCAGUCACCUUCGAAACCAACGGAUGCUUCGCGAAGACGAAAGUUGUCAAGUGGAAGCUCGGUGCUCGCGAAGGCAAAUGGCUUUUCAAACUCUGCAUGACGCCCGAAGCGUCUAACGGGAAAGCAUAUCGAUUUGAAGAGAUCAAGAGUGGUCGUGUGCUGGUCAGCCGCGACGCACAGUUUAUGGAAGACGUCUUCGACAGUGGAAGACGCGACUACGUUCAAGCCGAAGUAAUCCUAGAAGAUGAAGAAGGUUCACCGGAUGAAGACUCAUCGUGUUCCAACAAAGAAGAAGAAGAAAACGUGCGGGAUAAAGACAUGAUUUUCGUGGCACUUUACGUCGACGAUUUGGUUCUCGCGAGCAACAACGACGAGCUGCUCAAGUCAACAAAGAAGGCGCUGGGUGAUCGUUUUGACAUGACGGAUCUGGGAAACCUCAAGUAUUUUCUCGGUAUGGAAGUUGAUCAAGAAUUCACGGUUGGCACAAUCUCGAUUCGUCAGUCCAAAAUCGCGAAGGAUAUUCUCGAGAAAUUUGGCAUGGAACAUAGCAAUCCAGUUAAGACUCCACAAGAACCCGGGCUAAAGCUGACAAGGUCCAUGUGCGAAGGAGGAUGCAAGCACGAAUACACGAUGGCAAAUGUUCCAUAUCGCAAUGCUGUUGGAUGCCUGAUGUACCUCAUGGUAGGGACUCGCCCGGAUCUCGCAGCUGCAGUGGGAGUGCUCAGCCAGUUCGUAGCGGACCCUUGUCCGACACAUUGGCAAGCACUCAAGCGCAUGUUCAGGUACGUCCAAGGCACAAAAACCCAUGGGAUUGAAUUUCAAGCCACAAGCAAUGACAAGCUUCAAGGCUACUCAGAUGCAGACUGGGCUGGUGAUGUGGAAACUUGA